GGCCAGGGCUUCGUAGCCCAAGGAAUCACUUUUAGGAACAUAGCUGGAGCUAAAAUGCUACAGGCAGUAGCAUUAAGAGCAGAAGCAGAUUUUCUUACCUUCUACCAAUGCCGUUUUGAGGGUUAUCAAGAUACUCUAUAUACAAAGUACGGUAGACAGUUUUAUAGGGAUUGUGAUAUCUUGGGCACCAUAGACUUUAUCUGCGGUGAUGCAGCUGCAGUAUUCCAAAAUUGUUUGAUUGAAGUACGUCAGCCUUUGCUUGGCCAAUAUAUUACCAUCACUGCACAAGAGAGAGAUGUUGAGACUUUACUAACUGGACUAGUGUUGCAAAACUGCACCUUAAAAGCAACCCCGGACUUGGAGAAAGCAGGUAAUAUCACUAUGUAUUUAGGUCGCCCAUGGGGUAACUUCUCAAGAACUGUGAUUUUGCAAAGUUAUAUUGACCUAUUGAUAAAUCCACGAGGAUGGAUAGACUUUGAGGGAAUGCCCCUAGUCCGCCCAUUUUAUAUGGAAUAUAGAAAUAGAGGACCAGGUGCAGAUACAAAGGGACGUGUGAAGUGGGCAGUUGCCACCGAUGAUCCAAAGGUCGCAUCAAGUUUCACUGUUAGGAAUUUCAUAGGCGGUGACAGAUGGAUACCCCCCACAAUUCCAUAUUAUUUGGAUCUCCCGUGAACUUUCUAGCUCAUGAAUAUAUUUCUCACAAUCUUAAUCAAAUUUGGAGCUUUAUGUGUUCUCUCGUAUUGUA